GAAUGAGAGGCGUGUCUCAGAGGCGUAGCUGAAUGAUGGAGGGAGCUCACACAUCUUCAGCUAAAGCAGGAUAAGGAGUGUCAAAAGCGCACGAUUUUUCUAUAACUGCCCAAACGCUUGCGUCAGUAUUCGAUGAGCGACUGAAUAGAAAGGAAAGCACCUCCUAUCUUUGGCAUCAAGGGGUUUAAAUCAGAAAAACAGAGAGAGCGAGCGAGCUGCAGUGAAAAGGGGAGGACCUGGCUACAUCAACACAUCACGUAUAUUGUAAAAUGUUAUUGCUAUAGAAGAACUCUAGCGUCAAUGUAUUUACUUGCAUGCGUUACAUGCGGGCAUAUUUAAAUCCGCAGCAUCACAACGGAUCUGGGAAAGUAAACUUGAGGUCUUAGGAAACAGAUAAUAACAGGGAUCCCAACCCCCCCCCAACAUGCCGGAGCAGAGCAAUGACUACCGUGUUGUGGUGUUUGGGGCUGGCGGUGUGGGCAAGAGCUCCUUGGUCCUUCGCUUUGUCAAGGGAACCUUCCGGGACACCUACAUCCCCACUGUGGAGGACACCUACCGCCAGGUGAUCAGCUGUGACAAGAGCGUGUGCACCCUCCAGAUCACCGACACCACGGGCAGCCACCAGUUCCCCGCCAUGCAGCGGCUGUCCAUCUCCAAGGGCCACGCCUUCAUCUUGGUCUACUCCGUCACCAGCCGCCAGUCUCUGGAGGAGCUCAAGCCCAUCUACCAGCAGGUGCUGGCCAUCAAGGGCAGCGUGGACGCCAUCCCCGUCAUGCUGGUGGGCAACAAGAGCGACGAGACCCAGCGUGAGGUGGAGACCAAGGAUGGUGAGGCGCAGGCGACAGCAUGGAAGUGUGCCUUCAUGGAAACCUCGGCCAAGAUGAACUGCAACGUCAAGGAGCUCUUCCAGGAGCUGCUCACCCUGGAGAAGAAGAGGAACAUGAGUCUGAGCGUCGACGGCAAGCGCUCCGGCAAGCAGAAGCAUGCCGACAAGCUUAAGGGCAAGUGCAGCAUCAUGUAGGGAGGGAGAGGUGAUGCCUGACCCCUAAGGAGGAAAGACAGAGGUUGGGGAGGGUAGUGGUGGUGGUGGUGGUGGAAAGGGUGGGCAUUCUUGAAGAGACUCACUUCGAGGAAUGGAGGGAAGGUUGGGGUGGGGGUGGAAUGGGGGUCGUCUGAGAGGGAUUUUGUUAUCCCGAAAGAGGAAACCCCCCCCUUACUUUAUACCACUACCCCCAUCUCCACCUUUCCCCCACUCUGCUCAUACCAUUAACCAGGAAUCUCCCCUAGGGCACAGUCAACCCGUCUGUCUCACUGGUUUUGAUUUGGAGGUUUGCCUCUCCAUCAAAAAAUGUAUGCCACUGAAGGCCCGAAUAGAAAAGUUUGGGACACAAGAGUCAAGUUCUAAGAGAAGGUCAAAUAUUGAUGCAUCUCUGCUGUGAUGGGAAAAAGGAAAGAAUAUGGAGCCCUGAGAAUUCAUAUCCUGUUCAGGGUAUAAUGACAAAAAAGGGGAACUCCCUACACAGUGCCCAUUUCAAUAUUAUUCACUCCACGUACGCCCUCUUUUCCCUAUAGCUGUCUGUCUCCUGCUAAUAUGAGAUAGCCACCUGACUCUUAUGAUUGUGAAAGGGAAUAGGGUGGAUUUGCGGGAGAUGAGAGGGAAUCAAGUUUAAUGUGAAAGUAAUGGAAACAUGACUUUCAUCAAUUCAAGUACAUUUCCAUAAGCACAAGUUGGACUUUUGCCCUUCAGUCUCUCUGUAUUUACCUGGUAAUUGGAUGGGAGUUGAGAACUAGACAUUGUCAUCAAUAAAGGGCUCUAUUCAAUCUGUAUAGCAGAAGUUCAGCAUUACAGCAUCAUUUACAUUUAGAGGCAAUGUUCUGGCGUUAGAGGAGACUGAAAUUCACGGUAAACGCUGCAUACAGUGCUUUCGGAAAGUAUUCAGACCCCUUGACUUUUUCAACAAACAAACAAAAAUAUUCAUAAAUCUUCACACAAUGCCCCAUAAUGACAAAGCAAAAACAGAUUUUUAGAAAUGCUUGCAAAAAAAAAAAAAAAAUAAAAUAAAAAAAAUGUCACAUUUACAAUUUACAUUGCAAAAAUGUUUAAGAACCUGUUUUUACUUUGUCAUUACGGGGCAUUGUGUGUAAAUUGAUGAGGAUUUUUAUUUAUGUAAUCCAUUUUAGAAUAAGGCUGUAAUGUAACAAAAUGUGGAAAAAGGGAAGGGGUCUGAAUACAUUCCGAAUGCGCUGUAUGGUGGCUCAAUCGGAAAUGACCUUUACAUUUCUAUCGCUGCAGUAAUACAGAUUGAAUAGAGCCCCAAGUUGUUGACGGAAAGUUGUUGAUUCAUUAUACAGUGCAUUCUGACAUUUUUCAGACCCCUUGACUUUUUCCACCUUUUGUUACGUUACAACCGUAUUCAAACAUUUAAAACAGGCUUUUAGAAAUUUUAGCAAAGUUAUUAAAAAUAAAAAGCUGAAAUAUCAUAUUUACAUAAGUAUUCAGACCCUUUACUCAGUACUUUGCUGAAGCAAUUACAGUCUUGAGUCUUCUUGGGUAUGACGCUACAAGCUUGGCACACCUGUAUUUGGGGAGUUUCUCCCAUUCUUUUGUGCAGAUCCUCUCAAGCUCUGUCAGGUUGGAUGGGGGAGCAUCGCUGCACAGCUAUGCACAGCUAGGUCUCUCCAGAGAUGUUUGAGAUCGGGUUCAAGUCCGGGCUCUGGCUGGGCCACUGAAGGACAUUCAGAAACUUGUCCCGAAGGCACUCCUGCAUUGUCUUGGCUGUGUGCUUAGGGUCGUUGUCCUGUUGGAAGGUGAACCUUCGCCCCAGUCUGAAGUUCUGAGCACUCUGGAGCAGGUUUCAUCAGGGCUCUCUCUGUACUUUGCUCCAUUCAUCUUUCCCUUGAUCCUGACUAGUCUCCCAGUCCCUGCCGGUGAAAAACAUCCCCACAGCAUGAUGCUGCCACCACCUUGCUUCACCGUAGGGAUGGCGCCAGGUUUCCUCCAGACGUGAUGUUUGGCAUUCAGGCCAAAGAGUUCAAUCUUGGUUUCAGCAGACUAGAGAAUCUUGUUUCUCAUGGUCUGAGAGUCUUUAGGUGCCUUUUGGAAAACUCCAAGCGGGCUGUGCCUUUUACUGAGGAGUGGCUUCCGUCUGGCCACCAUAAAGGCCUGGUUGAUGGAGUGCUGCAGAGAUGAUUGUCCUUCUAGAAGAUUCUCCCAUCUCCACAGAGGAACGCUGGAGCUCCUUCAGAGUGACCAUGGUGGUUCUUGGUGGUUCUUGGUCACCUCCCUGACCAAGGCCCUUCUCCUCAGAUUCCUCAGUUUGGCCGGGCGGCUAGCUCUAGGAAGAAUCUUGAUCGUUCCAAACUUCUUCCAUAUAAGAAUGAUGGAGGCCACUGUGUUCUUGGGGACCUUCAAUGCUGCAGAAAUGUUUUGGUGUCCUUCCCCAGAUCUGUGUUGACACAAUCCUGUCUCCGAGCUCUACGGACAAUUCCUUCGACCUCAUUGCUUGGUUCCUGCUCUGGCAUGCACUGUCAACUGUGGGACCUUAUUUAGAAAGGUGUGUGCCUUUCCAAAUCAUGUCCAAUCAAUUGAAUUUACCACAGGUGGACUCCAGUCAAGUUGUAGAAACAUCUCUCGGAUGAUCAAUGGAACCAAAUUGUACCUAAGCUCAAUUUCGAGUCUCAUAGCAAAGGGUCUGAAUACUUGUGUAAAUAUUUUUUUUAUUUGAAUUACAUUUGCUAAAAUGUCUAAAAACCUGUUUUCGCUCUGUCAUUAUGGGGUAUUGUAUGUAGAUUGAGGAGGAAAAUAUUUAUUUAAUCAAUUUUAGAAUAAGGCUGGAAUGUAAUAAAAUGUGUAAAAAGUAAAAGUGUCUGAAUACUUUCCGAAUGCACUGUAUAUUACAGGUACAGGUUAGGCCUAUCAAAGGUUGCUAAUUAACAGUAGCAUGUGUAGUAAUAAAAAUAUAGGAAAUAUAGCUGCAAGUGGUCUCUGCAUUUUGCUGUACAUUUGAAAUGCCUUUCCUACCAGUUGACUUGACAUGUUGUAUCAUUUCAACAUUUAAGUGAGCUUUAGCCAAACAAAGCACAAACAAAUAACAAAAGCAACAAGCAGUCAAAGCACGUUCGAAAUGUAAACGUUUUUGAAUAAAUGUAAUUCAUCUCUAUAGCACAAAUAUUUGGACCCUCAUAUCAUUAAAUUAGGUGUCUAUAUCAAUGUUGAUCACAUUAUAUGCCUAUCUUCUGUUAAUUUACUGUAUAAUAUACUGUAAAUAAUAUAUUUUAUGCUCCAA